AUGGAGAAUACCAGUAAGAAUCCAUACAAAGGAAUUUAUCCAUAUGAUGACUCCAAAGUAAAGGUCACGGUCAGUGGGGGCUCAGACUACAUAAACGCCAGCUUUAUUGACUCCCAUAAAUGCGAGCAAUAUUGGCCAGACCCUAAGACAACUAAGGCGUAUGGUGAAAUACAGGUCGAGAGCCGCUCGGAGGAUGAAUAUGCUGAGUUUACCAGAAGGAUUUUCACGGUGAUGACGGGGACCGAAGAGAGAACGUUGCACCAUAUGCACUUCACGUGUUGGCCUGACAAAGCCAUACCCGACGAUUUUACUGCGAUGAUAGAGUUCAGACAGCGGGUUCUGUGUAAGCCGAGUACACUAAAUGGAUCAACGGUUGUGCAUUGCAGCUCUGGUGUCGGAAGAACAGGCACCUAUAUCGCUCUAGACAUCCUUACGGAAGAAGGUGAAACUGUGAAAGCUAUUGAUAUACCUGGGUGUGUCCACAAAAUGUGUCAGAAUAGGCCGAAUAUGGUUCAGACACUGGAGCAGUAUCAGUUUCUGCACACAGCCGUGGUGUAUUCACUAACUUUUGAUUGCAAACAAGUCAGGGGAGAGAACUUCAACCAAUACAUGAAAAAACACACUACACAACAACUACACAAUACGUUCAAGCAACUGCAGCAUAUGGUCGAUAAACGAUCUAAAGAUGAAACAGAAGCUGUUGAACUUGGUAAACAGCAACUGAGUAAAAACAGAGCAAAUGUCGGUAUCCCGAGCUUCCGAGUCAUGAAACGCUACCUAGUAGCAAGGACUCCACUUCCAGAGACAGUUGUCGACUUUUUGAAGCUCGUUGUCCAAGAAAGGUGUUCAUGUAUCGUAAGCUUCGAAGCGGAUAUAGACAAGCAAAAAAUUAUCGGAACAUAUUACCCUGCGGAAAACAAAGAUGUUUUGAAAAAGGGAUUGUUUGAAGUAAGCUGCACAAAAGAAGACAAGAACACAUUCUACGCAGAACGAACAUUGCAAAUACAGCAUAAAGGGGCAGGAUUUACCGAUUGGGACGAAAUGAAGAACAUUCCAAGAUCAACAUCAAACUUUCUGUCAUUUCUGAAUGUGAUAGAAAAUGUCACGAAAAUGGAAGAUGGCGGUCCAAUAAUGGUCCAUUGCUUUGAUGGAGCGGGAAAGAAUGGUCUGUUCUGUGUGGUUUCGCUGCUUCUCCAGAAGAUGGCCGCAGAACAUGCAGUUAGUGUACUCAACGCUAUUAGGAAGGUCAAAACUACGCGGAGGCUUGCGAUUCCCAAUCAAGUUCAUAUGAAUUCAAGGCGUGAACAGACUACGAACAUGUAG